CUUCCCCCUCCAACAAGCGCGGCAGGCGUACCGUUCCAUGGACGUGGAGCUUCGGCGCUGCCUGCUGUCCGCUCUCGAGGCCGCCGCGCCCAAGCACNACCUGGCGUACGCGCUGCUGGGGCUCAUCGAGCACGUGAGUGUCUCCGCCCAGCGAGCGCCGCCCCAGCACGAGCUGCCGCCGCCCACGCGCGCCGCCUUCGUGCUGCAGCGGCCGCACGCGCCGCCCAGGCCGGCCCACGACCUGGCGUACGCGCUGCUGGGGCUCAUCGAGCACGUGAGUGUCUCCGCCCAGCGAGCGCCGCCCCAGCACGAGCUGCCGCCGCCCACGCGCGCCGCCUUCGUGCUGCAGCGGCCGCACGCGCCGCCCAGGCCGGCCCACGACCUGGCGUACGCGCUGCUGGGGCUCAUCGAGCACGUGAGUGUCUCCGCCCAGCGAGCGCCGCCCCAGCACGAGCUGCCGCCGCCCACGCGCGCCGCCUUCGUGCUGCAGCGGCCGCACGCGCCGCCCAGGCCGGCCCACGACCUGGCGUACGCGCUGCUGGGGCUCAUCGAGCACGUGAGUGUCUCCGCCCAGCGAGCGCCGCCCCAGCACGAGCUGCCGCCGCCCACGCGCGCCGCCUUCGUGCUGCAGCGGCCGCACGCGCCGCCCAGGCCGGCCCACGACCUGGCGUACGCGCUGCUGGGGCUCAUCGAGCACGUGAGUGUCUCCGCCCAGCGAGCGCCGCCCCAGCACGAGCUGCCGCCGCCCACGCGCGCCGCCUUCGUGCUGCAGCGGCCGCACGCGCCGCCCAGGCCGGCCCACGACCUGGCGUACGCGCUGCUGGGGCUCAUCGAGCACGUGAGUGUCUCCGCCCAGCGAGCGCCGCCCCAGCACGAGCUGCCGCCGCCCACGCGCGCCGCCUUCGUGCUGCAGCGGCCGCACGCGCCGCCCAGGCCGGCCCACGACCUGGCGUACGCGCUGCUGGGGCUCAUCGAGCACGUGAGUGUCUCCGCCCAGCGAGCGCCGCCCCAGCACGAGCUGCCGCCGCCCACGCGCGCCGCCUUCGUGCUGCAGCGGCCGCACGCGCCGCCCAGGCCGGCCCACGACCUGGCGUACGCGCUGCUGGGGCUCAUCGAGCACGUGAGUGUCUCCGCCCAGCGAGCGCCGCCCCAGCACGAGCUGCCGCCGCCCACGCGCGCCGCCUUCGUGCUGCAGCGGCCGCACGCGCCGCCCAGGCCGGCCCACGACCUGGCGUACGCGCUGCUGGGGCUCAUCGAGCACGUGAGUGUCUCCGCCCAGCGAGCGCCGCCCCAGCACGAGCUGCCGCCGCCCACGCGCGCCGCCUUCGUGCUGCAGCGGCCGCACGCGCCGCCCAGGCCGGCCCACGACCUGGCGUACGCGCUGCUGGGGCUCAUCGAGCACGUGAGUGUCUCCGCCCAGCGAGCGCCGCCCCAGCACGAGCUGCCGCCGCCCACGCGCGCCGCCUUCGUGCUGCAGCGGCCGCACGCGCCGCCCAGGCCGGCCCACGACCUGGCGUACGCGCUGCUGGGGCUCAUCGAGCACGUGAGUGUCUCCGCCCAGCGAGCGCCGCCCCAGCACGAGCUGCCGCCGCCCACGCGCGCCGCCUUCGUGCUGCAGCGGCCGCACGCGCCGCCCAGGCCGGCCCACGACCUGGCGUACGCGCUGCUGGGGCUCAUCGAGCACGUGAGUGUCUCCGCCCAGCGAGCGCCGCCCCAGCACGAGCUGCCGCCGCCCACGCGCGCCGCCUUCGUGCUGCAGCGGCCGCACGCGCCGCCCAGGCCGGCCCACGACCUGGCGUACGCGCUGCUGGGGCUCAUCGAGCACGUGAGUGUCUCCGCCCAGCGAGCGCCGCCCCAGCACGAGCUGCCGCCGCCCACGCGCGCCGCCUUCGUGCUGCAGCGGCCGCACGCGCCGCCCAGGCCGGCCCACGACCUGGCGUACGCGCUGCUGGGGCUCAUCGAGCACGUGAGUGUCUCCGCCCAGCGAGCGCCGCCCCAGCACGAGCUGCCGCCGCCCACGCGCGCCGCCUUCGUGCUGCAGCGGCCGCACGCGCCGCCCAGGCCGGCCCACGACCUGGCGUACGCGCUGCUGGGGCUCAUCGAGCACGUGAGUGUCUCCGCCCAGCGAGCGCCGCCCCAGCACGAGCUGCCGCCGCCCACGCGCGCCGCCUUCGUGCUGCAGCGGCCGCACGCGCCGCCCAGGCCGGCCCACGACCUGGCGUACGCGCUGCUGGGGCUCAUCGAGCACGUGAGUGUCUCCGCCCAGCGAGCGCCGCCCCAGCACGAGCUGCCGCCGCCCACGCGCGCCGCCUUCGUGCUGCAGCGGCCGCACGCGCCGCCCAGGCCGGCCCACGACCUGGCGUACGCGCUGCUGGGGCUCAUCGAGCACGUGAGUGUCUCCGCCCAGCGAGCGCCGCCCCAGCACGAGCUGCCGCCGCCCACGCGCGCCGCCUUCGUAUAG